CCUCCGACGAUGAUCGAAGUGUGGACGAAUGGAACGCGCUCCCGAAUGUGGUCACUGUAUACCACACCGCAGAACGCCGCAAGAAACACAUAGUACCCGAUCUGCAACCACACCUUCUCUCCUUCGCCAAAACGCAUCGUCUUGCUCAUGGAGCGAUCUCCCACCUCCCGCUCACACCCACGCUUGUCAGAGCGAACAAACACAUUACAUGGCGCCCGGGACGUGUUGGCGAAGACCCUUUCAAUCGUCUUCCGUACGAGAUUUGGGAGGCGAUCUUUGUUCUUGCGGUUCGCGAGGCUGGUGACGAUCAAAUUCGGUUUCUGCUCCGUUUGGCCUCUCUCAACAAGACGUGGGCGAACAAGAUCCGUCGAGCUCAGGUUCUUUGGCGCUUUGCUUUUGCGUCAACAAGGACGGCUCCCCAGCGAUUCAUUGUGAACUCGCUUGCCGGUUCUAGUCGUCUUCGCAUCAGGACAUACGACCGCCCUCGCUCGCUUGCGGCAUACCUCGGCAAUGCCAUUUCCAUCUCGAUCGUCCAUCACGGCGCCUGUUGGCUACAAUCGCUUCAAGCGCGCUCUAUGGCUUCACCUACGCCCAUGAAUAUACAGUGGCUGUCAGCCGAGGACUAUUGUUCAAAGACCAUGAACAUCGAGAGCGCCUUCAAAGGGCUCAAAGUUCGACAACCUGUCGCUUUCAUACCGGAUAACAUCGAAGUUCUCGACGUAGGAGGAUUCUUUACUCACAGCAGGCUUCGAACCUUCCUCAAUAUUGGCGGACAUCAGCUGCGCGAGCUGUGCGUACAGUCUGAGUGGAUUGGUGUCGACAACCACGAGAGCGUCCCUUGGCAAGUGGCUCUGCAGCCUCUGUUGGGCCCUCAAUGUACCCUCGAGGUACUCCGAGUUCUCGUCGACGAUCUCUGCGAUAUCGAGACCUUCAAUGUCCAACAGCUGGACUUCCCCCGGCUACAGGUUUUCGAGACGCAUAGCAUCCUCAUCCUCCGGACUCCUCCACAACUUGCGCGCGCAAGUGUCACACUCUCGAACACGGAUAAACUGCAACGCGUCUUACCAUCCCUCGUCCACGUCAACCACCUCACUGUCGUGGUUACAAAACCAUGGGGCGAGCCUCUGCCGCCUGCUGCAACGGAUCUUAUUGCCAGUAUACCGACUUUCCAGCGCGUACACUUCAGCCAGCUUCGACAUCUAUCAUUCAUGUCGGGGAGGAAGGAGGGUGAUGCAGCGCUCACGUCCUUGCUCUACCAUGAAAUGUCACCAAGGCGCAUCUCCGUUCAGACGGACAUUAGUUCCGUUUUACCCAUGGGCGGCAAUCCCUGGCACGAUCACCCACCUGUCGUUAGUCGUAUCCGGUUGGCGAACCUACGGCUCGCUAUGGACGGUCUGCGGACUUUCGCCAGUAUACGUCGUGAUCCCUUCUUGAGGAUCAUGAUGAAGUCAUGGGGCAGUCCGAGCGCGAUCAUGUCCUUGGGUGGUAAGGACAUCAUGGAUGAUCGGCUAUACUGCUCAGUGCAGGACCUGGACGGGAUACACAUUGACACCGAUCUAACGCCGCGCGAGCCUUGGAAUUCGGCUACUCCGCUUGAUGGUUCCGGUUUGACGACAGUUCACGCGCUCUCAGGUUUGGCAACCGAGUACGUCCAAACCAUAUGA